AUGGAGUCGGACGCAGAUGUGGACAUGGAGGAAGUGCCUGGUGGUCGUUUACCGGUCCUAAAUGAAGAAGCUGAGGUAGAUGUAGAUAAUAAAGAACAAUUGAAUACAACUAACGAAGGUGGAGAUGCUGUGAAAAUAAUGGAAGCGCCUGAUUGGCCUUCGUACCUUGUGAAUGUAGAAUCUGAUCUCGAGAAGCCUUUAUUCCGACGAUUGUUCCAUUGGGGACCUAUCGCUGCCAUGUCUCUUACUGGAUUUGUAAGUUUAAUAUUAUUAUAGGCAUUCUUGUGUUUUAGAUAGGCAUAACUUCGGUCUACAUUCAUCUUUCUUGGUGGCCAAUAGAUGAUCCUUUGGCGUUUUUAAACCUUUUUUUGUUUACUGGUAUGGUUUACGCUACUGUGUACAACAUGGUAAGAGCAUCGUACCUUGGCGGAGGAUUUGUCACAAAAGGUUGGCAUCCUCCAGAGUCCUAUCAAUUGUCGCGGCUUCAGUUCUGUGCUCAUUGCAACGGCUACAAGGCUCCAAGAUCUCAUCACUGUCAGAAGUGUAAUAGAUGUGUCAUGAAGAUGGACCAUCAUUGUCGUAAGUUUUAAAGUUUUCAAACUUAUAAGGUGUGUUUAGUAAUGUAGUAGGUAAUAAAGUUAAUAAAAUUGUUUUCAUCUUGGAUCAACAAUUGUGUUGGCCAUCGUAAUCAGAUCUACUUCUUCUCCUUCUUGUUCUUUGCGGUAACUGCUUGUUUCCAUGCUUGUUGCAUUCUUGGUGUUGUUUUAUUCAGGACCUUAAGCUUUGUAAGUCCUUAAGGUGUUUAUUAUCUAUAUAUAAUGUCUAAAUAUCUUCAAAAAUUACAUUUUAUUAAAUUGUAAUUGAAUUGACAGUUAAAUAUUGUUUUAGCUGUUUCACGGGUUUACUCGUCGAGAAUACUUGUACAACAACUCUAUAAUCAAAGAUGGUACCACCUUCUUUUGUACUGUUUUGGCCUUUAGCUUUAGUGUUGGUGUUAUAUUGGCGGUUGGAGUGUUAUUCUACACUCAGUUGAUGAUAAUCUUAAGAAACAAAACUGGCAUCGAGGAUUAUAUUUGUGGGUUUUCGAAAGUUUUAUUAUUUUUAAAAAAUUGUUUUAUGCUUUGCUUUUAUUGGUCAUUUUUAAAAGUUUAGGUAUUAAAUUUAAAUGUAAAUUUAUAUUAUUUUAGGUACAAAAGCCGAGUAUCGAGAACGAGAUGAAGCUGAGGGACUUUUUGUUUUUCCGUAUAAUUUAGGUAUCAAACGUAACAUCAGAGAGGUGUUUCCGUCGUUUUGGGCCAGGAUUCCAAACGGAAAUGGUAUUUGGUGGCCAAUUAGGUCUGGCUGUACUCAAUUUACUUUGUCUGUAAGUUUUAAUCGUACAAUUUAGGUAAUACGUAAAUAUCACUACGGUAUUCUUAGUGUUUUGUAUGUCUGGUUACUUCGUUUAUACAAAACAGUUAUUUUUGAUAUAAAAUACCUGUUACAGGAAGAACAACUCGUUCAAAAAGUGAAUAAACGCUUCUACGCCAAGAUAUACACCAUUCAGGACGACUACAAGGGCUCAUGGUGGCGUUCAUGGAGGUUCGGAGUAAAGACCCUGGUGUGUCAGCCGUGUUCGGAAGAGAAGAGGAUUGAAGUGAAGAAGGGCGAGAGCUACGCCAUCACUCGGAUUCAGCGGAAUUGGCUCUAUGGCCAGCGACUUAUUGAAGUGGAAGAUGUGGAAGGUCCCUUCUCCGAGAAUCCUUACGCAGCUCGAGCUUCUCGCGAUCAGACACGACAAGAAGUGGUGAAGCAGGCCACACAACCUCGAGGAUGGUUCCCUAAACCGUUGGCUCGACCUAAGUAUCCGGCUUCAGAAGAGACGAGAAAGGACGUCUAA